UCGCAACAGCCCCUGAUAACAGCAGCUAUAAAGGGGCCGCAGGGGCUGCGCCCGCAGCCACAGCACUGGGACGGGGCAGGGACCACCGGCGAUCCCGGAGCUGCGCCAUGCCCGGGGCUCUGCUCUUCCUCCUCCUCCUCCUCCCGGGGUCCGUGCCCACGGCGCUGGGUGCCGGCCCCGGUGCCUCGGCGCUGCUGGCGGAGCUGGCGCAGCAGAAGCCGUCCGAGCCCGUGCGGGACCGCUCGUUCCCGUGCGGGUCCCUGCUCCCCGCAGCCCUGCCCGGCUUCCCCUCGCUCCCGGCGCUGCCGAGGGCUCUGGUCCGCGCCGCCAUGGCCCUGGCGCUCAGCGCCGCCGCCUGCAGCCCGGAGGCUGAAGCCGAGGUGCGGGGCUUGAUGCGGGAGCUGGGUCCGGCCGCGGCCGCUGCGCUGCUGCGGGGUCUGGCGCGGCUGCGGCGGGACCCGGCUCCCGAGGCCGUGGCCCAGGUCCUGCUCCGCCUGGCUCAGCCCUGCGCGCCCGGUGCCGCCGCAUCCCGGAGCAUCGCGGGGCCGCGCUGCAGCGGGGCCGUGCGGAGGCAGCGCGGGGCUGACGAUGCCUGCGCCCCGCCGGGGGAGCGGGAGGCGCACGGGGUGCUGGAGUGGGUGCCGGGCGUCAGCGCCUUCUACAACCUGGGCACCAGCGUUUACUUCGCCUUCCAGGGCUGCGAGGCCCUGGCGUCCAGACGGGCGCUGCAGGCGGCCGAGGACCUGGGCUACGCCAGCCUGGCCGCGAUCGCCGCUGCCGCCGGCGGCCCCGUGGCGCUGGGGGUGCAGAUGGGGCUGCAGCCGGGGCUCAAGGCCGGCGUGCGGGCGCUCAUCGCCUACUUCACCUCGGAGGGGGAGCCCCCGACGGUGCCCAGCGCCCACAGCGGCCCCGUGCUCGUGGUGUGAAUAAAGCCCC